AUGUCGCCCCGCACCCCCCUGGCCCUGGCGUCCCUGGCGCUGCUACUGGCCACAGCGUCUGCUGCCGUCACCCCCGACGCCAAGGCCGCCGUGCUGCCUGUGGACAAGGCCGUGGCUGCUGACGUGGCCAAGGCCCUGGCUGCCCCUAGCGUGCUGGUGGUGACCACUUGGAAGCUGGACCCCGCCACAGAUGCGGACAAGUGGAUCGCCACCCGCCAAGCCGUGGUGGCUGCGGCCAAGAAGGCGGGCGUCAACAUCAGCGUCCUCUACUUCAAGGGGAGUGUCCCCGCCGCCUCCAAGAUCAAGCCCGGCGAGGACUACGCUGUUGUCGGCACCAUCACAUCUGCCCCAACCCCGGCGGAUUACGCUGCGUGGCGCGCAUUUACUGCCAAGGAUGUGGCCUACGCUGCGGGCCAGAAGGCCGUCAAGAGCGUCGUGCGCGCCAUCAACGUCGAGGUCUGA